CGUUCUGGUUGCAGGCAGAGAGAACAGUGUGCUGGAGAGAUAGGGAUAGGCUGCUCAGACGGCUAGCACGCACACUCAGCAUGUCUGACAAGGGGGAGCUGAUGGAGGAGAUCAUGGAGGCCAAAGUAAUGUGGUACCCGGACUCCAAGAAGAUCACCCAGAUGGAUCAGUUCAGGAACAGGGUGAACAAGAAUCUGGGGCUCCGCCUGGCCAAUUACAAUGAACUGUACCAGUGGUCUGUGGAGUUCUAUCCGGAAUUUUGGGCAGAGUUUUGGGACUUCAGUGGGAUUGUUCACUCUAAAACAUAUGAUGAGGUAAUUGAUAGAUUGAAAGGAAUUGCAGACGUCCCAGAGUGGUUUAAAGGGAGUCGCCUGAACUACGCAGAAAACCUCCUCAAACAUAAGGAAAAUGAUAAAAUUGCUUUGUAUUCCGCAAGGGAAGGCAAAGAGAACAUAGAGAAAGUGACAUUUGGAGAGUUGAGACGUGAUGUUGCUGUAUUUGCAGCGGCAAUGAGGAAAAUGGGCAUCAAAACAGGAGACCGGGUUGUAGGUUAUCUUCCAAACUGCAUUCAGACAGUUGAAGCAACGCUGGCAGCAGCGAGCAUAGGAGCAAUUUGGAGUGCCACUUCUCCAGACUUUGGCGUCAAUGGGGUAUUGGACAGAUUUUCUCAAAUCCAGCCAAAAUUAAUCUUCUCUGUCGAAUCUGUGGUUUAUAAUGGGAAGGAACACUCUCACCUAGAGAAACUCCAAUGUGUAGUUAAAGGGUUGCCGGACUUGAAAAAGGUGGUUGUGAUUCCAUACGUCUUACCAAAGGAAAACAUUGAUAUCUCAAAGAUCCCUAACAGCAUGUUUUUGGAUGAGUUCCUGGCAACUGGAAAAGUUGGAGACCAGUCGCCACAGCUGGAAUUUGAACAGUUGCCCUUUAAUCACCCGCUGUACAUAAUGUACUCCUCAGGGACUACAGGGGCACCUAAAUGCAUGGUGCAUUCUGCAGGGGGAACCCUCAUCAAGCACUUAACGGAGCAUAUUUUACACGGCAAUACCACCAGUAGCGAUGUUAUUAUGUACUAUACAACGGCUGGGUGGAUGAUGUGGAACUGGCUGAUCACUUCAUUGGCAACUGGAGCAUCCUUGGUGCUGUAUGACGGGUCCCCACUUGUUCCAAGCCUGAAUGUGCUAUGGGAUCUCGUGGACAGUUUAGGGAUAACCAUCCUAGGAACCGGUGCCAAGUGGCUCACUGUAUUGGAAGACAAAGGCCUCAAGCCGUGUAAUACACACAGUUUGCAGACUCUUCAUACAAUACUGUCAACAGGAUCACCUCUAAAACCCCAGAGCUAUGAUUAUGUGUAUCAGCAUAUAAAGAGCAAUGUCCUGCUGGGAUCCAUCUCUGGUGGCACCGACAUCAUUUCCUGUUUCAUGGGUCAGAAUGUCUCUGUUCCAGUGUACAAGGGAGAAAUACAGGCCAGACACCUUGCCAUGGCUAUUGAAGCCUGGAGUGAAGAAGGAGAAGCUGUGUUGGGGGAAAGUGGGGAGCUGGUGUGUUUAAAACCAUUACCAUCUCAGCCCACACAUUUCUGGAAUGAUGAAAAUGGCAGCAAAUACCAGAAAGCCUAUUUUUCAAAAUUUCCAGGAGUUUGGGCCCAUGGAGACUACUGCAAAAUAAACCCAAAUACUGGAGGGAUUGUCAUGUUGGGACGAAGUGAUGGAACUCUGAAUCCAAAUGGGGUGCGAUUCGGAAGCUCAGAAAUCUACAACAUAGUUGAAGCCUUUGUGGAAGUAUCAGACAGCCUGUGUGUCCCACAGUACAACAAAGAUGGCGAGGAGAGGGUCAUUCUAUUCUUGAAAAUGGCCGACAGCUUUGAGUUCAGCAAAGACCUGCUGAAAAGGAUAAAGGAUGCCAUCCGUGUUGCCCUUUCUGCCAGGCACGUUCCAGCCUUGAUUUUAGAAACACAAGACAUUCCGUACACCAUCAGCGGGAAGAAAGUUGAAGUUGCUGUAAAACAGGUCAUUGCAGGAAAAGAAGUUCUGCACCAGGGGGCCUUCUCUAACCCCCAGUCUUUGGAUCUUUACCGUAAUAUUCCUGAGCUGCUGAAUUUCUAAGCACUUUACAUAUAAACUCUUCGUCCUUGUAUGUACAUAUACACAGUAUGUACCAGUAUAGGUAAAAAAGAAGUUACUGGGUUAUUUUAAACCAGACCUUACUGCUUAUUUUAUUGAACCCGAAAGCUGCAUUUUUAUCCGUGCCCGUGUCACGUUCCAGAACAUUUCAGGUGAAGAAGUGAAAAUGGAAACCGCCACAACCUUGGGAUAUUGUUGGGUUUAUUUAAAAAAAUAAGUAUUUAACAACUAUGUAAUGCAAACAUAGAAUUUGUUUCAGCAUUUAUAAGCUGUAAGAUAUUAGGGUAUUCACAACAUAAAUUGCAAGUUUACACUUUGUCACAGGGAAGGUAUGCCCUAUUUACAAGUACGGUUCACAUUCUAUAAAAAAAACACAUAUGGUUUGUGGCUUCUUAGCUUUAUUUACUGUAAUGUUUAUGUGUGUGGGAGCAGCCAUACUGAUUUAUUUGAAGUAACACUGGCUCGAGGAAUGUUUAUUAAGCUAUCUCAAUAAAUAGAAAUAGCUGGAAAAUGACAGCCCAGCUCUUUUUUAUUCAUUAUAUACAGCAGAUACAGCCAAACUGGAAAGUGAAAAAGCAGCUGCACAAAUCAUUGUUUAGAGACGCUUUAAGCACAUUCUGAUAUAUGGGGCCAGUGGAUUGUUCUGAUUUUUGUUUCAUGAAAUUACAUUUUUGUUUUAGUGUCAUAACUUUUCUUUUCCGUUGUUUGCAUGUAUUUUAUUUCAAUGAAAUAUUUCUCCAACCUGCCGCACACCCCUGCUGGUAAACUACAUCUUCAAGCAUUUCCCUGAUAGUUACGUCUCAGAAGCGGCAAGGGGUUGUAAUUACCCAUUAACUAAAGAGGCACAAUUUGGAGAUUCAUCUAUAUUGUUCUUAACUUAUCUCAAUCGUGUGUGGCUAUUGAUAAUUUUUAAUGUUAUGUUUACCAGGUUAAUCUGGUACCUGCUGCUUCAGUAACUAACUGUACAGAGCCUUGCUCUAUAAAGUGAUCUGCAUUAUCAUUAUGGCACAGAAAAUCUCUCUGCAUGACUAUUGUAAGGAAAGGCUUUCAUGGAGACAGUGUUAAUAAAACAUAAGUGUCUUACUUAGAUCAAAAUCGGGGCAGCUUUCUUGCUGAGAAGGCUUGAGUAACGCUUCUCAUUUUUUUCAUUCUUGAUUAUUUCUUGCUUCAACUUUUUUUUAAUCCAACGAAUCUAAAGAAAAUUCUCAUUGAGUUGUGUGUGGUUUCCAAUAGCUUUCUAUGGAAUGGAUGUGCUCACCCAACCCAUGUUUUCAUAAAAUAAUUAGCGUACCCAUUAAAUAGACUGUAUCUUGUUCCCUCUGAGCUCCCACGAUGUUUAGGCUAAUGAAACAAGAGAAAUGUGAAAUAUCAGGUUAAUUGGUUAAGAUCUAAUGUCUCAACCUGUGAUAAAUCGGUCCCGUAGGUUUGUGUUCUUCAAAAUAAAAAAGAUAUAGGUAGUCUGCUAAUAACAGUCAUCCAGGCCCAAAUGGCAUGGGGCAAGGGUGGAGCUCUGGUUUCGGGGAGAUGGCAGGACAGAAUGGGUUUGCAGGCCUUAAUCUGCCCCUGUGUAACGUGUCAUAAUGAUAUACUUUUUCACAAUACCCCGAAAAAUAAUUUGUUUGGCUCCACUCAAUCCAGUUAGUGCAAUGGGUGAUUAUUUUUAGGUCCCCUGACAAUAGUUUUCUUAUAUUGUAAGGCUCACAGAGUUUUAAAAUACAACUAGAGUGGUGUUAAAAUAAAUAUUUGGCACACAAAGUGAGUUUCCAGAUAAUAGGACAGUCACCAGUAUAACAAUGCAAUUUGCUUCUUCUUUUUUCAUGAUAAAGCAUAGACAGGGGCCGGACAGAUGGCAAAGGCUGAAUUUAUUGAUGCAGAAAUGUCAGGCCCCUGCCUAGACAGAACAGCAAAGGACUUUUUUUGCUAUUGUAAAAGCUGAAGAGCAUGUUGUUAUAUAUUUAGUGUAUAUUCCUUUAAUGCACCAUACCUGCUUUUUAAAGGCCAAGCCCAAGUAAAACAGUGUCAAGACAAAAAAAUAGAAAAUGACCACUGAGGUUGUAAUUUUAGGAUUUUAACUGUUGCAUUUAUUUUUCUAUUUCAAGGAACACAACCUUGCAGAUUAGGCUGCCCUGUAUGUUCCUCUCAUGCUGUGUCCCAACUUCAUACUGAACACCUUAAAACAAAAUGGAAGAACUGGACACGGCAGAGUUAAAAUGCAAAUUUGUGUAAUUUAAUGCUGUAAAUAGGUCUCCCAUUUUGUUUUAUAUUUACGACCAUGACAGCAAACUGUGUGGACAUCAGGAUGCAGGGUUGAAAAGGGGGACUUAUUUAUGAACGGUUCAUAUUUUAGUUUUAGUUUUCCCUUAAUGCUGCCAAAAUGCUGCUGAGGUCAGGUUACAAUAUUAGCAUAACUAUCCAAUCAAUGCAAUUUUUUUUAGUGUUUCUUCUAUUUUAUUUUAAUGAAUCUGUUUUUACGCAUCAUGUUGCCUUGUAUUGAUUCAAUGGAAAAUCUUCUAUCCUUAAAUGACACCCAAAAUAAUUUAUUUUCUGUGUAUGUUGCAAAAUCUAUGUUCCUGUUAAUUAUAUUGUAAUAUAUAGAGGCUGUUGUGUGGAUAAAAUCAAUAUAAAUGUGGUUGUCUGAUGCAACCAAAUGAACACAUGCAUAUAUUUGUUAUUGGCCUUUUUUUUUUUUACAAGCAGUUCUCUUCUUUCCAAACAAUUAAAGAAAAAACGUAUACAA